AUUUUUUUAGUAAUUGUUUUGUAAUAGGCCUAGGAUAGUAACUUACAUUAACCAUAACCACGUUUAAGUUACCACAGCCCUACACACAAACGUAAAUUUAUUUUGCUCAGCAAUGAAAGAUGAAAGUAUAAUAUAUCUGGACUACAACUCCACGACUCCCGUUGCCUCUGAGGUAGUGUCAGCUAUAACGGAGAGCCUCCAGCGAGACUGGGCCAAUCCUAGCUCGGCCUCCGCUGCCGGACAUCGUGCCAGAGAGACCAUUCAUCGUGCUAGAGCCGCUGUCGCUCGUCUUGUCAAUGCAGCUGAUGCAGCUGACAUUGUAUUUACCUCCGGGGGAACCGAGAGUAACAACAUGGCGAUUCACAGUACUGUAGAGUGGGGAAGACAAUUCAUCACAACCCCUCAUGUUGUCAUGUCCAAUGUAGAGCAUGUGGCCACUGUGGAGCCUGUCAGGAGACUAGCUGACAAAGGGGUUAUAAGCUACACAGAGGUUGCUGUCAACAGUGAUGGCUGUCUGGAAGCUGCAGAUGUAGUGGCUGCUGUCAAACCAGACACUGUUCUGGUCUCUGUCAUGAUGGCCAAUAACGAGACUGGAGUUGUGUUUCCCAUUAGAGAAAUAGCAAGGCUGUUGAAGAGAGUAAAUGACAGCUGCAAACACAAAGUGUGGCUCCAUGUAGACGCAGCACAAGCAGUGGGCAAACUACCAGUUGAUGUGCGUUAUCUGCAAGUGGAUUACCUGACCAUAGUAGGCCAUAAGUUCUAUGGUCCACGUAUUGGUGCUCUUUACGUCCACCGCAAUCUGGGUGCCCCUGUCACCCCUGUGGUAUGGGGAGGAGGACAAGAGGCUGGGCUGAGACCUGGUACUGAGAAUACCCCUAUGAUAGCUGGGCUGGGCCAGGCUGCUACCCUGGUGGUGGAUAACCUUCAGACAUACACUGACACUAUGAGAAACACCAGAGAUUACCUUGUAAAACAACUUCAGGAGCAGACAGGCUGUGUGGUGAACUGCUGCCAAUCACCUCGUCUGCCCAACACUGCUAGUAUGUCUUGGUCCCAGUGUACACUCAGUGGUAGUGAACUGUUAGCUCAGUGUCCCACACUGGUCGCCAGCACUACUGCAGCUUGUCACGACCAGACGCAACUCUCAUCGGUACUACUAGCUUCUGGUGUACCUGAGAAUUUGGCUUAUUCAACUAUAAGGCUCAGUGUCGGCAGAGAGACAACUUGUGCGGAUAUUGACAAAGCUGUUGAGGAACUUGUGAAGGCCUUGAAACAAACUACCAGUACUGAAUCUUCCAUAUCUUCAUAGCUACCUAGUAAUGUGUACUGCUUUUGGGUGAAAAUUAGUGUUUUGUUUUCGGUAUUUUUGUUUUUAAGUACAGUGUUAGAAGCUGUGAGAUAACUUGUUUACCCACCAUUUACUUCACAAUACAAUUUCUAAUCUUGAUUUUAAAUUACCUCAAUAAUUAAAGGGGGACUUUACAUUGACGUAGCUGCUACUUUUCUUUUUGUCAGUCAUUGACUUGGGAUACUGCAAGUAUACUUUGUAUCCUAUUUUAAAAUCUGAUGCCUUUUUUGACGUUGUUUCAUGCUUGCUCUUGUUUGUGUUUCCUGAUGAUGGCAAAAUGUUUACCCUUAUUUUCAAAAUUAAUACUUUAAUAAUCAAUAAAAUAAGUGAAAAUACUUA